CACAUAUGUACUUUAUGUAUUAUGCAAUAUCCGAUAUUGGAUAAACGAUAGUUAGGUAUGCGGAAUUCAGUGUUGAAACGAUCGCCACUAGGAAAGCAUUCGUCGCCUGGCUGUGCCGUCGCAUCGGUGUCCUCUCAUAACUUUGCUGUUUAAUCCAUAUUGAUAAAGGAAAUUGGAGAUGUAUAAAAUGGAUGUCAGACAUAUUAUUUUCGGAGGGAUGAAAUCAGAACCGAUCGCGUCGGUGUUGUCAAUGUUCUUAAGCAUAUUGCUGUAUAUCAUGUAUUCGAUUGCUCCUUACUCUACGACGAAUAUUCCUACCAAAUCGUUAAUGCCGUCUUACGAUUUCAUAGUCGUGGGCGGUGGUUCUGCAGGAGCCGUGGUCGCGAGUCGCUUAUCCGAGGUAGAAGAUUGGAACGUACUCCUCCUGGAAGCAGGUGGCGAUGGAAAUGCUCUAUAUGAUGUUCCUAUUCUUGCCGCCAAUCUGCAGCUCGCCGAAAUCGAUUGGAAAUACAAAGUGGAGACCAAUGAAAAUUUCUGUCGAGCGAUGAAGGAGGGUCGUUGCUACUGGCCACGUGGCAAAGUGAUCGGAGGCAGCAGCGCGAUAAACUACAUGCUCUACGUCCGUGGUAAUAGAAAAGAUUACGACAUUUGGGAACAAUUGGGCAAUCAGGGAUGGUCCUACGAGAAUGUCCUCGGUUAUUUCAAGAAAUCGGAAGACAAUCAAAAUCACUUCUACACUGAGACACCGUAUCAUUCGACUGGCGGUUAUCUAACUGUCCAAGAAUCACCAUGGCACACUCCCCUGGCCGAUGCGUUCGUUCGAGCUGGCCAAGAAAUGGGUUAUGAGAAUAGAGACAUUAACGGUGAACGACACACUGGCUUUAUGAUUCCUCAGGGGACCAUUAAACAUGGAAGCCGGUGCUCCACAGCGAAGGCCUUCCUGCGGCCGGCAAGGAAUCGCAAGAAUUUACACGUCGCUAUGGAAGCGCAUGUUACCAAAAUUUUAAUAGAACCGUCAUCGAAGAGGGUUUACGGCGUAGAGUUUGUUAGAGACGGGGAAACGUUACGGGUUCGUGCCGACAAGGAAGUGAUCGUUUCCGGAGGAGCUAUCAAUAGCCCUCAGUUGCUGAUGUUGUCGGGAAUAGGACCUAAAGAACACCUAUCGGAACACGGCAUACCAGCGAUUCAGGAUUUAAAAGUGGGUCAUAAUCUUCAAGAUCAUAUAGUUGCGGGGGGCAUUACGUUCUUGGUGAAUGAAGAAAUUUCACUGAUAGAGAGCAGGAUGUAUAAUAUUCGCAAUGCCCUAGAAUACGUAUUAUUCGGAGACGGUCCCUUGACCGGUUUAGGGGGUAUCGAAGGACUAGCUUUCAUUAAUACCAAAUAUGCGAAUACUUCCGACGAUUUUCCAGACAUACAACUGCAUUUUUCGGCAGGGGGGACCAACUCCGACAACGGUAGGCAUAUUAGAAAGGUUCAUGGGCUGACCAAAGAAUUCUAUGACGCCGUAUACGGGGAGCUUAACGAUAAAGACGUGUGGGGCGUCCUUCCUACGCUUUUAAGACCGAAAAGCAAAGGAGUUAUCAAACUUCGGAGCAACGAUCCUUUCGAUCAUCCGUUGAUUUAUGCGAAUCAUUUUGAUGAGCCGGAAGAUAUGGCGACACUGAUCGAAGGAGUUAAGUUUGUGUUCGAGAUGAGUAAGACCGCUUCGUUUAGACGUUACGGGAGCGAAACGAAUCCAAAACCAUUUCCUGGUUGCAAGCAUAUUCCGAUGUAUAGCGAUCCAUACUGGGAGUGCAUGAUCAGAUACUAUUCCAUGACUCUAUAUCAUCCCGUGGGUACUUGCAAGAUGGGGCCUAGUUCGGAUCCAGAAGCUGUGGUAGAUCCUCGGCUUCGAGUUUACGGAGUUAUUGGACUUCGAGUCAUAGACGGCUCAAUUAUGCCAAAUAUAGUUAGCGGUAAUACCAAUGCGCCGAUUAUCAUGAUCGCAGAGAAGGGUUCCGAUAUGGUGAAAGCGGAAUGGUUGAGGGAACGGACGUCAAAAUGAAUGGCUGUUCUUGUCAAUUAAUUCAAAGCGAAUGCUAGUACUAUAUUAAAUUAUAUAUUCAAACUCAAAUAAUUUCAAACUCAAAAUAAAUUUUCAUUAUGUUUUACGUACAGUGGAGUACGGGUCAGAAUAUGUAGUCAUGUUUCGUUAAAUGAACAUCAAGUAAUGUAAAUGUUAACAGCUAGUUUACAAGACGCAGUUUUUCGACCGAUUCGGUAUUGCGACCUCCAGCAAGAGGAGACAUAGGAUCGUAAUGUAACUAUUGUCUUAAGGCUUAGCACUGUACGCACGGCUUUUACAAAUAAAAUCAAUCAGGAUAAUGCACGUGACGUAACACAUAGAACAGAGAUACGAUGAACAGGAAAGAUUGAACAAAAUGGUUUCGAUUUACUCUUUCGCGACUUCUCUCGGCGCUCUUUGAACUGGAAUUGAUCAACUGGAAUAGAGUCGAGCCGUAACGGCAAGAGACGCACAGAUAAACGCGGAUAUUCUAACAAAUAAAGACAUAUAGGAAUUUCACCUAACAGAUAUGUGUAGGAAUCAAUAUUUUGAACAACAUUUUCCUAUACACGUAACGGUCGGUCGUCCAUAGUUUCCGAGAUAUCUGCAAAACGUUAUCGAUACCACAACAGUGAAUUCUGCCCAUAAUUGUGCGUCCGCAACAGCGUACGCGUUAAUAUUGGUUACCGGCUGCCUUACAGCGGACAGAUAUAAUGACAAUGAUCCAACCGAAACCUAGUUCUUAUCUUUCGUUUAUAUAGCAUGUAUAAACGAGAACUCACGGUGCUUGGGCAAAGAUUCGUGCACAACUGCAUAUGCGAAGCUGUAAGAAAUAUCUAUCUAUUCUAUCGCGAUUAAAAAUGAAUAUCAUCAAUGUAUUGGGUUUGGUUUCGAGUUAACGUUAUCAAUCCGCUUGCGUGAAGCAGUAACGGUUCUUCUAUAUCGUCGAAUAACAUCGAUUAUUCUUCUGUCUAUUAUUUGUAUAAUUAAUUUGUUCUUAUGUUACGCAAGCGUUGCCAGCCGCUUUGCGGUGGCGGGGUUGAGAAAGCUAACCCAAGGGCCAAACGCAAUAUUUUCUUACAGCUUCGCAUAUGCAGUUGUAUACGGAGCAUUUAAGCUCGCCCGACUCUCGUUUAUGCGUAAUACAAACAGAAGGUAAGAGAUAGAUUUGAGUUGGUUUUGAACGAUCAAUACUGACCCAUAGGCUGUCACCCAUAGGCAAAGUGUAUUUGUAAUUUUCGAAGAAUAAAGGCAACUUCUUGCAUUAAA